AUUAACGCUCAAACAGUGACCCUAUCAACUUCAUCGUCGUUGAGGAACAGAUUCCGAAAUAACAGACAUCGCAGUACCGCAUAUUAGGUACCAUAAUCGAUUUCCUCCGAAAAAACAACAAAAACAGCAAAGCCAAAAUGUUUCAGUCGUACACCGUCGUGCCCGUGUUCGUUUUGGCCAUACUUUUUAACUUCAUCUACGUGUUCUCCGACGAUGAUAAUUUGUCUUCAACGAAUUCAACUUCACCAAAUAGCAUUAAUUUCACGUCGUGUAACGAAUGCUUGCAAUCGAAGUGCCACAAAGAAUGGGGUGGACCGUGCAUUCCCAUCAACGACACCACACCAAACUCACAGAACUCAUCGAUUUUCCAGUGUCUCAUGUGUGAAGAGGACGAUGAGGGAAACGCUAUGUACUACAACAAAGAAUAUUGUGAAAGUUUAUGCCACAAUAAAGCUCACGGUUGCCAUUGCAACGGCCAGUGUUUCACGUGCUUUGAAGUGAGUGUACCUAACCUUACCUCAUCUGAUUCGUGCAACCUGCCCACCCAGAUGUUUGACGAUAAGUGUACGUUAACAAAUUACCAUAUGGUCGGUUUAUGAAACCGUGCCAUCUUCAUCAUGAUAUUAUUUAAUAUUAAUAUUAAUUACAUUAUAUUUUUUUUUCAACUAUAAUUUUUGUUCUCAGAAAAAUUACCCUUCCUAACCCCCUUACCAAGUAAACAAAAAAAAUACAAAAAUUCUUUAAGUUAUUGUUAUGCCUUAUGCAGUACCUAUUCUAUA